GUCGUUGUAAAAUUUAGAGAUCAAGUAAAGGUCGAUUGAGCAAAUUACUGCAUUUUAUUAUUAAAAAGAGAUCAAAUUCCUAUUCAUGGUCCUAAAUCGAAGCCGGAUUUGAAAAAACGUAAUUGGACAAGAUAUUAUUUAGUGGAAUACGCUUGGGAAGUCUUAAAUAUUCGUUGUGGAAAUACCACCGAGGGAGUGAAGAUAUUUAACCAAGAAAUCUGGAGUCUUAUCCCCUUAGAUAUUGGACUAUUAUUUAAUUUAUUUAACCCAGCAGUCAUUAUCAGGUAGUAUUUUGUGUAAAUCGACUGCUAAUUUAUCAGUAAACGUGCCAACGGUGUCGUUCGGGCUGGCGCUGGGCUGGGUGUCGCUGGCGAGUGGUGAGGCGGCGGGAGCCGACGGUGGAGCGGAGGCGGUGGUGGCAGCCGUCACCACGUUCGCCGCCUCGUCGCUCGGCGUGCCCAUCAGCGCCAGUGCACUGCGCUACGGCAGGAAGUUUGCCGUUAUAGCUACUUCAUUCACAUUUGUAAUAUGCUGGUCUCUGAAACUAGUGGGCGGUCCGUGGUGCAUGGUGGCCGCGCGCACGGCGGCGGGGCUAGGCGCGGCCGGUGCCUGGGCGCUGGCACCGCUUCUGGCCAAUGAGAUGUGCAGCGCAGCGUGGCGCGGCGCAGCGGCGGCGGCUGUGGUGCCGGCGCACAACCUGGGCGUGCUGCUCAUGUACCUCGCCGCGGAUGCACGCCUACCGCACGCAACAGUGCUAUGGUGGUGCCUGGGGCUCUCGGUGAGCCACUGCUUUGUGUUCAUGCUGAUGCCUGAAUCACCCGCCUUCCUGGCUGCCAGCGGAAAACUUGAGACGGCGGAGCAGUCACUGCGCUGGUUGCGCGGCAGUCCGGGUGCGGGCGAGGCAGGGAGUGGAGCGGGGAACGCAGCGGGGAGCGGAGCAGGCACAGCGUCUCUGAAAAACGAGCUGGCCGCGCUGCCCGCGCCAGAUCUCCUCACCAGGUCUGCCUUCGCGCUAGCCAAGGACAUGUUGAGCGACAAGCGGCGGCGGCGCGCGUUCUUCAUCGGCGGCAUGGCGGUGGUGGGGCAGGAGGCGUGCGGCGUGCUCGCGCUGCUACAGUACGCCGAGCGCGUCUUCGUGCUCGCAGAGGGUGGCGAGGCAGGGGGCGAGGCGAGGGCUGCAGGGGACGCGGUGUUGAUGUCUCCAGCGCGGCACGCGGUUAUCUUGGGCGUCGUGCAGCUCGCAGCCUCCUUUAUUGCGCUCUAUCUUGUCGAACGGGUCGGCCGCAGGCCGCUGAUCGUGUGGUCGGCGUUGUGCACGGGUGCGUUCCUGGCAGCGGGCGCUGUGCUGGUGGCGUGGCCGCGGCUGCGUGUGGGCGGCGCGCGCGCUGCCGGCCUGGCGCUGGCCGCCGCCGUAGCCGCCGACUCCGCCGGCCUGCAGCCCGCACCCUACGCACUGCUGGCCGACAUGUUCCACUACGAGUUCCGCAGUUGCGCGCUGCUGCUGGUGACGGCGGCGGCGGGCGCGGGCAACGCGCUGGAGGUUUGCGUGUUCCCGCUGGUGGCGCGAGGCGGGGGCGGGCUGCGCGCUGCUAUCGCACUCGCCGCCGCUAUCACGCUCGCCUACGCGGCCUUCGCCUUCGCCGCGCUACCCGAAACGCGCCGCCGCACGCCCCAGCAGAUAUACGACGCGCUCGAGUACGACACGCCCGCGUGCAGAUUCGUCACGCUCUUCAAAAGAUUCACCAAGCGAAUUACGAACGAUUCUUCGUGCCCCGAGAAAGGGAAAUCCGAAACUAAUAAAUCCGAAAAACCUACAAUUCACAAACAAAACAGAAACCUUAAUCUUUACGCGCCGGAACAAAAUCGUGUGAACAGUGAGUUAGCUAACAAAAGUGAUGUGACGUUACACACUAAUACCAAUAAUGAGACGGAAAAUACCAAUAUGUGAUAACAGUGCCUUAAUAACUUGUACUAAAUAAUUUUAUCGCAAACAUGAUUAAGUAUCCAUUGUGUACCUACAUUUUAAUGUAAAAAAUUUCAAACAUUAAUAAUACAAUCACAUUUGAAAAAGUUUUGUAUUUACAUAAUGUAAUCAGUAUCUACACAGAAACAAAAUUACUGUCCAUACUUGUACAAGGUUUUCAGUUAAAACAUAUUCUUUUAUUUCGGAUAUUUGCUUGUUACUUUAUUAGAUACAUGAAAUCCUUAAUAUCGUACCUAGUAGCAACAGUGUAAGAAUAUCUACUGCCCCAAAUCAUGCCGCAGGUGUCGCUGGUGUUGAAAAUGCAGACAGACAGCAGCACCUUCCUGAUAAAAUAUCCACCUAUAAGACAUUCCACGGGGGAGAACUAUGUUCAGCAGUGCACUUUUGAUAGGCUAUUACUAUGAUGGUGGUGAUGAACCUUAAUAAAAUCUAUAUUUAUAUAUGGCACGUGCACAAUUAAAAAAAAUAUAAUUUUUAAAUCCCAAUACUGAAUUGCGCAAUCCAAAUGUAAAAAAACAUUGCGAGCAUAUUAUGUAACUUAUUAUAUAAGUAAUAAUUAACAGCUUGCAAUUUGUGUAUAAUAUAAUUGUAAGAGCCACAAUUGACUAUUUUUUUAAAAGUUUUAUAUCGUUAGAUCUAUAGAUUGAAAUUGAUACAAUUAAAUUGAAAUUAUUC